AUGCGUUGACGUCCUCACUGCGACAGUUGUUCCUCCGCUUUCAAACGUCAAGAAAGUUCACAUUUCGGACGCAGCGCAUAAUUUAAAGAUGAGAAAUGGACCGUGAAAGCGUCUGAGGAUCUUUGUGGCGACAGAAGAUAAAAGCCUCUCAGCAGAGACUGUGAUCUGCCCAGCAGGACAAUCAUGAAGAGGAACAAACAGAUCGACAUCAAGCGUGCGCUCACGCUCUCCGGCAUCUUUAAUUUCCUGUGCUCCUGCGCCAGAGGAUGUGUGCUCCCCUUCCUCACCCUGUACUUCAGACAGCUGGGCCUGACACCAGCGAUGACAGGCAUCAUCAUGGGCACCAAACACCUGAUAAGUCUGGUCUGGAGCCCCACGGUGAGCAUACUGUCCAAGCACUACAACAAGAGGCGAGUGGUGAUAAAUGGCUCUCUUUUGUGUUCAGCUGCGGUCGCUCUGAUUCUGCUGCUCGUACCGUCCUCGGGUGUUCACACGCAGAGCAGCGUGUGCGACCUGUCUAAUGUGAGCAGCAGUCCAACACAGACUCUCGGUGAUAACCUGCACAAGAGCACCGUUGGACCUGAACCGUCACUCACUAAAACUCACACAAAAGGUCUUGUUUCCCAGCCUGGUGAAACAGUUCCUGCACAGACGACAACCGAACAAGCCAAGUCUUCUCCUGUAGUGAUGAGCAAAACUCCAAAUAUUCAGCAUGGUGAUGAAUCCCACACUCAGCCGUCACAAGAGACUGUUUCUGUCGUGGUCAAUAACAGCGUUCAAGAGCCAAAUAUCACCACCUCUGUUGUGCAUCACUCCACCAGCUCCACUGUAGCUGCACUACGGAACAAGAGGUCAAACGACGGCAAAUUAGGGUCUAAAAAACGGCAGGAAGAAAAGACACCAGCGCAGGAGAGACAUUUUGAGUUCUUGGGCUACCUGAAGGUCAUGGACCCUCAGCACCAGCUCUUCUUCUUGAUACUCAUCAUCGUCUCGGUGUGGGAGGCUCUGUUGGCCCCUCUGGAGUGGACGGCAGAUGACGGAUUGUAUGAAUAUCUGGAUUUCGCGGACGCGUCGGACCGCUACCGCAGCACCGGGCUGUGGGGUUUACUGGGAGCGGCGUGUGGGGCCGGAGGAGCAGGGUUGCUGGUCAGCCAGUUGAGCUGUCUCAUAGCUGGGCAAACUCCCCGAAGCACAGUGCAUUUCUACUGCUAUUCUGGUUUUGCAGCUCUGGCCCUGCCUGCAGCAAACUACCUCCCCCUCCACCUAAACAAAAAGCGAGACAGGGCCAGCGGGCUCCUGAAAGCCCUGCAGCUGGUGCGUGGCUCCCCGCGUGCGCUGCUCUGCACAGUCACCACCCUGUUGGUCGGGGCAGCAGUUGCUGCUGUGGAUAACUUCCUCCUGUGGCAGAUGCAGGAUCAUGGCAGCACUGAGCUGCACAUGGGUUUGUCUGUCGCUCUGGCUCUGCUCUCACAGGCCGCCUUCCCUCUGCUCUCAGGCCGCGUGUCCAAGCUCCUCAGCCCCGGAAAGGUGCUGGCGGUGGCGGCUGCAGUUCUCAGCCUGCAGUGCCUCUAUUUCUCCUUCCUCUGGGGAGCCUGGGCUGCACCGCUUGCCCAGAUGUGGACUUGUUUCAGCAGUGGCGCCCUCUGGUGGGCUGUGAAUGCCCAGUGUGAGGACGUGGCCACACCAGAGGCCGAGCGGAGCGUGAGGAGGGUCUACAGCGGUCUGGCUCUGCACCUGGGGGGCAGCCUCGGGAGCUUUGCUGGAGGGUAUGUGGUGCAGACGCUUGGACUGGCGUGGCUCUUCAGAGGAGUGGCCGUGGGUCUGGCGGCGUGGUGUGUGUGUCUGCUUCUGCUCCAGUGGAAGGCCCCUCACCAGCGCAGGAUUAACUACUCUCGACUUUUGGCCGCUAACGGCAGUGAAGCCAGUGACUCUGAGUCAGACUGGCUUGAUAAAGCAUUUGACGACGACAAGAGCAAUAAAAAAUAUGGGAGGAGGAUAAACCACUGAUGAUAUUAUUAUCAUUAUUAUUAUUAUUAUUGUUAUUAUUAUGUCAGGGCUGUGUGGACACAGAAAUCCGUCAAUCGCCAAUUCUGAUUUCCAAAUCAUAUCGUAUGCAUGGACAUGAGACAUGAAUCUGAACAUCCAAUACAAAUUCACAUUUGUAAAAGCAUCCAAUCAAACAAACAGAUGGGAUUACGUUUGGGUGGAAAAAGGACUCGACACCACCCGGCAGUUUUCAGCAGCUUAGACAUCUUUGACAAUAAAACCCCGGAAUCCUCUGAGAGUGGAUGGAAAAACAAGAUGUGUGCACACAAGGUGAGGCCGAAUCAAACAUGGCAUCCACUUUCACCACACUCAACAACUGCCGCUCUGUGCUCAGUCUUUACAUUUGUGACUUUUCUUGAAUCUUUCUUAUCCACAAUAUUAAUUUUGACACUGGAUGCCCUUCCUGAAGCAACCCUUUGCUUUUAUUUGCACUUGGCACCUGCUAAACCGUCCACUCCUGCACCCCAGUCAGUUGAUGUAUUCGCCAAUACGGGGUUAAUAAGUGUGUUUCCCAGGGACACAUCAGCAUGUAGACUACAGGAGCCAGGGAUUAAAUCUUCUGUCCUUUGUGAAAUAGUCAAAUAAUAAGGAUUACUUUAAAUGACUGUGUAUUUAACAGCAGCUUUCUUGUCAUGCUGGAACAUUGAGAGGGCAGAUACAAUAUUUGUUUAACCUGUCAGUCACUUCAUGCCUCAGGGCAUUCUUCCCGAUGUGUAAGGAAAGAUAUUUUAAAGAUAUUUUCAGUCUCUAGAUUUGUAUGAAAGUACAAAUGUAAAUUCAGAUGACCUGUUCUUACUCCUGUGCAUCAUAGUAAGUGCAGGUAGCAGCUAAAAUAAAUGUUUGCUGCAGGUAAACAGUUUCAUUGUAAACACAUUUGGGGAACAGUAGCGGCUCUGUGCGUCGGUUACUGUGUGUGUGUGUGUGUGAGGACUCUCAUACCUGAGGCAAACACACACACACUGAUCAUCUGCUCACACAUCCACAACAAAAUGACAUUCUCUGAAAUGGCAGAUGUCAGUCAGUCUGUUCUUGUGUCGUCCGCUCCUCUCCAGUGUCUGUGUUGCUCGAUGAAUACAUUUAGGUCAAUAUCUAACAUUCUGUAUGUAAUAAGAAAUUCUGUAUGUUGCUGUUGUCUCCUGUGACACUCACCACUCACCUGUUGCCUUAUUUUCAAAUAAAAAGAUCGAUAAUC